AAAACGACCGUGUGACUCUGUGUUUAAGCCUCUCAUUCAGCCGCGCGCGAGUAUGGCUCCUUGAGUCGAAUAGAAACUGGCGAACGUGUAUUUUAUAGGGUCAACACCUUGGCUUUUUACGGGUACUUUAAUAUGGAGCUAAGCUGCUGCGUUUCGCACAACUGGACAAAGUGAGUGGCCUGAGGCAUGGCCGCCUUGGCGCAGCUCCCUCAGGAGGUGUGGCUCCUCGUGCUCUCCUUCCUCGAGCCUAAGGACAGGGCGCACAUCCGUGCUUCCUGUCAGUUCUUCAGGCGGCUCGCGGACCACCCGUGCCUGUGGAGGAAGCACACGGUGCUGCUCAAGGAGGGCCGGUCAUUCAACCGGGGGCUGUGGAGAACCCUGCGGCGCAGGAGGCCUGGAGCCAUUGUGAUCCAGAAGGCGACUAUAAGGGCCCUGGAGAGCAUGUCUACACAGCUGCCCUGGCUUGCUUCCCUGACCAUAGAACAGUGCUCAGACAGCAAGGUGCUCUACAACCUGCCUCGCUUUAAAAACCUUGCUGAACUGGUCAUGGUGGGUGUGCCGUGCCCUCCUGGCCUGGCUGACUUGAUGGCUUCCUUGGUCCGGCUCACAAACUUAUGCCUGUGCAGCCUUAAGGGUGACCCCAGGGCUGUGCUGCUCCAUGCUGCACCCCACCUCACCAACCUGAUGACUCUGCGUUACCACCAAAGUGACCAUCCCCUGAACAAGCGGGCCUUGAACACCCUCCUUUCCAACUUGCCCAACCUGAAGUGUUUGUCUCUGAAAAUGGGGAAACUGCAUGGAACACUUCCCGAUGAUUAUUUUACCCUACCCAGAGUAAAUGGGGACCGCAGCGCAGCAGGUCAGCAAGGAAAGUGUGAACCUGUGCUGACCAGGUUGGAGCUCCUGCACUACAUGGACCCCAUUCUGUCUCCUGUGGCUCUGGAUCACCUCUCCUCCCUAGAGAGUUUGACCGUGUUUUACCGACAAAGGAGUGUGGAGGCCCACGAGUGUAACCUGAACAAAUGGCUGCACAAGCUUCCGUGCCUGAGUGAGCUCACAGUUAUGAAUGGCUACUCUCUCGGCGCAUACGUGCACUCCGUGCCAGCAAUGUUGAGGACGCUAUGCCUGCAGAAUGUGGUUUUCGGGCCGGCAGACCUGAGCGCAAUAGGGAAGCGAGCGCCAGGCAUACAGCACCUCUCUGUGGACAGGAGGAUCUGUGAUGGCCAGCGGAGCCUGCAAGAGGUCCCUGUCCUCUUUCACCAGCUGAGGACUCUCCAGAUGAGUUACCUGGACAUGGCAGAACUGGAUUUCGGGAGCCUGGCCCAACUGCAGCACCUGGAUCAGCUGGUGAUUUUGGACUCGCACCCCAGCUGCAGGGCAGACCUUCUGGAUCAGAUCCACAAGUUCAAGUGCCUGACAGACUACAGGGUCCAAGUGGUUCAUUCCGAGCGCCGCAGAGACCCAUUCAUCUGCUACUGUUGCCUGUAAUAAGAGGGACUAUAAACUCACCAUGCUUUUAUUGUUCAUGGUCAGAGCUGCCUUUAUGCAUCUCGUCUUUAUUUGUGUCCUUAAUAAAAAGAUGCUGCUGCCCUUA